GCGUGACGCCGCCUCCCCGAUUCAUUUCCGUUCCCCUCCCCCACCUCCGCUUUCCUCUUGCCGCCACCCUCCUACCAGCCAUCGCCUUCACGCUAGCCGCCGUUCAACAGCCGUCGCCGCGCACCCACCGAGGCCGCCCGUCUCCUCCUCCUCCUGCGCAACCCGCCCUGACCCCCUCUCCGUUCGGGCCGCUAGCUCGCCCCGUCGAGUGCUCACGUCCCGUUUCACCGGAGACUCGGGUUUUGUCGUUGAGUUGCGGAUUGGCGAAGUGUUAGGAGAGCAAGUUUGGGUGGCGCGUGUGCUGAUUCAUUGCCUUGACGUUCAAGCAUACCAUGUCGGCGAGGAGGCAUUUUGCGAUAUUCACCACUGCGAGCCUUCCAUGGAUGACGGGAACUGCCAUUAACCCUUUGUUCCGGGCCGCUUACCUGUCAAAGGAUGGCGAUAAAGAUGUCACGUUGGUGAUCCCCUGGCUUCCUCUAUGGGACCAAGAGUUAGUUUACCCUAACAUGGUUGCGUUCGAUUCUCCUUUGGAGCAUGAGGGCUAUAUUCGUUGCUGGAUCGAGGAGAGGAUUGAUUUUAGGCCAUCCUUCAGCAUCAAAUUCUACCCGGGGAAGUUUUCAAAAGAAAUGAGGAGCAUUCUACCUGUUGGAGAUAUCACAGAAUGCAUUCCAGAUGAAGCGGCUGACAUUGCUGUUUUGGAAGAGCCCGAGCAUCUAAACUGGUAUCACCAUGGGCGAAGAUGGAAAAGUAAGUUUUGGGGAGUGAUUGGCAUUGUUCACACAAACUAUCUAGCAUAUGUGAAAAGAGAAAAGAAUGGGCAAGUGAUUGCUUGCAUCCUCAAGUAUGCAAACACCUGGGUUACCCGAAUUUACUGCCACAAGAUUAUCAGAUUAUCAGGUGCCACACAAAAUCUGCCCAGAUCUGUUGUAUGCAAUGUCCAUGGUGUGAAUCCAAAAUUUCUGGAGGUAGGCAAGCUAAAGAUGAGGCAGAUGCAGAGUGGGGAGGUAGCCUUCACAAAAGGGGCGUACUACAUUGGGAAGAUGGUGUGGGGUAAGGGAUACAGGGAGCUUUUUGACUUACUAUCCAAAUAUCAGAGCAAGUUGGCUGGUCUUGAAGUAGAUUUAUAUGGUACUGGAGAAGAUUCUGAUGAGGUCCGCAAAUCUGCUAAACACUUGAGUUUGACUGUGAAUGUUCAUCCUGGCUGUGAUCAUGCGGAUCCCUUGUUCCAUGAUAGCUAUAAAGUAUUCAUCAACCCGAGCACAACAGAUGUGGUCUGUACGACUACUGCUGAAGCCCUGGCAAUGGGAAAGAUCGUCAUAUGUGCCAAUCACCCUUCAAAUGAGUUCUUCAAGCAGUUCCCCAACUGCCGCAUCUAUAACAAUGACGAAGAGUUUGUACAACUGACACUGAAUGCUCUAUCAGAGCAGCCUGCUCCAUUGACAGACAUGCAGAGGUAUGACUUAUCGUGGGAGGCAGCGACUGAGAGAUUCAUCAAGGCUGCUGAUAUGAACCUUCAUGUGCCGGAGUCCAGGAUCCAUAAAACAUCCAGGGUUUCCUUGCCAGCUUUUCUGAGAACUCGUAAACUAAAACAAAACUUGGAGGACGCAUCAGUUUACCUGCACCAAGCACUCUCAGGUCUGGAAGUCACCCGGUGUGCAUUUGGUGCUGUUCCAAAGACGCUGCAGCCCGAUGAGCAGCUAUGUAAGGAUCUCGGUUUGGCUCCUCCCAAGAAGAAAAAAAAGCUGAAAUUUAAGCUGAUGACGUAACGUUGUAACCUCUUUCUACUUCAUAUUUGCACUGUUUCGCUUCAUGUACAUGUUUUAGACAACCUUUUGUUCUUUGGAUAGAGACGUUCGACUAUCUGGAGGUGUCCUAAUGGAGGAUUAGUGCUUCUUUUCACUAUUUGCCGGGCUGUAUAAAUUACAUUGCAGUGUAACUUGGAUUGCUAGUUUAGGAGGGGAUAAGAAUUCAUUGGACAGCGCUGUAAUUCUUUGAAUUGAUGGAUCGUUGAUGCUCUCAUCUUGGCGA